GUCUAUUUUCUUCUUCUCCCGGCGGAGAAAAAUUCGUCACUGGAAUAUGAAAUAGCGAUUGAAAGAUGUUUGAAGGAAUUGUGCAAGGAGUUGUUCAACUGUUGUUAGGGUACUUAGGUCGCUACAUCAAAGACAUUAAAAAAGACCAGCUCAAGAUCACACUCUGGAAUGGGGAAGUCUUGUUGGCGAACGUGGAACUGAUUCUUGAGCGUUUGAGUUUACAGCUUCCAAUUGCUCUCAAGCAAUGGAGUUCAGAUGUCGUUGAGAAAAGAGAGUUUGCUGGUAAGCAAGCUAAGCUUGCUGCUGCAGAACUAGCAAAAUUGUCCAGGCGCGUCGACAGUCCAGCGGGGAAGUCUUUUUUCUCAUUUAUUGCUGCCAAGGUUCUUGAUAACAUUCAAGUGUCCAUCAGAAACUUUCACAUCUUAUACUCCGAUGCACAACCUGAAUCAGUGCAAGUUGUAUUAGGAUUGCGGUUUUCAAGCUUGACAGUUACUAAACAAAACUCAGUUGGGCCAUCAGUUGGUAGGGUGAGAGGGGGGCAAGUGAAUAUACUUGUGGAGAUUGAAGGUUUGGAAAUAUAUUGUGACAUGUAUGAGGGAAACAUGGACUUUCCAAGUGUUAAUGAAAAAAGAGGUUUUGACAACUGGUGCCAGUCAAGAUUGCAAAGCAAUAUAUUUGGUUAUUUACUGAAGCCAGUCCAUGUUUCUGUAACGCUAUUGGUCAAUCGAUCUGGAGAGAUUUUUGACGAUCUUCCUCAGUAUUCUAUCAGCGCUGAGUUGACUGAUGUGGUCAUGACUCUGAAUGAAUUUCAAUUGCAGCAGAUUCUUAUUCUGUUAGAUUACUUGCAAACCAGCCAAUUGCGUAUGGGCGGGUAUCGUCCCUGCUCCACUUCCAUAUUGAGGAAACCACCAGGAUGGCAGAAACUUUGGUGGCACUAUGCCCAAAAAUCAAUUUUAUCUGAUGUACGUAAGAAACUGUGGAAAACUUCAUGGAGAUUUCUUGAACAGCGAAUGAGAAUGCGCAGGAGGUAUAUCAACUUCUACAAGAUAAAGCUAGAUUUCCUUCUCAGAGAACAGUCAAUCGAUGAGUCUAUCCGUUUGGGUUUGGAAGAAGUCGAGAAGAAGUCUGAUAUUGAUGAUAUCUUAAGUUAUAGGUCUGCAGCGGAAGGUGAGAUGCAGGAAGCUUGUUCAGAAUUGACAGUGAACAUGGGAGCGACUGGUGCCACUGGCUCCGGAAAGGAACAGAGCGCCCCUGAAAAGGAACCGAGUGACGAUCCUACAUUAAAUAAGUCGCGUGGGUGGUUGAACUGGUUGUCACGGGGAAUGCUUGGUGCCGGAGGCACAGAGGAUUCAAGUCAGUUUUCUGGUGUUGUUUCUGAUGAAGUUGUCAAGUUUCACCCUCUUUCGUCAUCUCCUAGAAAUACAAGUGCAACUGGUAAGAUCUGUACGUGCUCCAUUCGACUCAACGUACCCAAAAUUUCUGGUACUUUGCAACAUAUAACUGGGAGUUCUUCUCAAGUUAUUUCAGAGUUGGACAUUUUGGGGGUGAUUGUUGAAUGCAAGUCUUGGAAAGAUUCUACAGCCAUGAUUGUAUCUGUUAUUUCUGGAAGGCUGCUCUAUCCUCACAAUGGGAAAGAAAUAUUAACCAUGAAAGGGGUCUGUUCUCAGAGUGAUACACUAGAAACGAAACCCUCAUAUGGAGCACGAUUGAAGUUGUCUAAAGAUCAUGAUGUUGCAUUGUCAUUAAAGGUCACCCUUCAACCACUUGAAGCUGCUUAUGAUGUAGACUUCUUUCUAGCUGUCAGUAAAUUUUUCAUGGGUUCAAGAUACUUCAAACUCCAACAUGAAAGGAUUUUAUCAUCACUCAAUGGCCUUGAAAGUGAAACGCGAUUGGUAGCGAAAGCUGAAUACCUCUUAUCAAGCCGAAAUAAAGUUAAGUGGGACCUGGACAUAAAAGAUCUUACCUUAAGUUUCCCUGGACGAUUGGUUGAAUCAGAAAGCUAUAAUCUGGUUCUGGUAUUGGAAUCUCUUUCUAUCACAUCUAGUAGCACAGAUGCUCUUAGCCCAAGUCCAAGAUUGGAGUCUGAUGCGGACCAUGUGGUCAAUAGCUUACAAAGUUCCGUUGCAGCCUUGGAUGCUUUCAAGUCAAAGAUCUCUAUGACCAUUUUGAUAUCAAAAUCUAUGAAGCUCAUGAAGAUUCAUCCUUUCCAAGAACUUCCCCUUGUGGAGAAAUCAUCUUUACUUAUCAAGUUUGCGUCUUGUAUAAUUCCGGAGGAGUCGAUUUUGAAGCAGUUGGAGGUUGAAGCUACUCUGCCUAUGUUCAAUGUCCAUUUCUCUCCGUCAAUAUUUAAAGGAGUCAUGUUGCACGUCAAUCUCGAAAAUGAAGGAGAAAAUAGCACAGUGAUUGUUCUUUCUAUACAGCAGCUGGAUCUCUGGUAUUCGCUUACCAAAUUUGAAGAGUGGUCAGUCCGUGCGAAAACACUGGAAAUGACAGCUUGCUCCUCUAAAGAUGCAGCUGACAGUCAUAUUUUAUGUUCAUCUGCAAAUCUACUCAAAUCUUCUUCCCAUGGACCUGGGAUGGAUGCUCAUACUAGCGAUCAAACCAACAUUAUUGAUUACGGAACAACUCCUGAAGCUGCUAUCAGCUUAAAUUGCAAGAUAGCCUCCUAUAAGAUCUCGUCUAGCGAUACAAAUCCAUCUAGCCUUACUACAGAUACCAGUGCUCCAGCAGAAAUUCCUCAGUUUGAUUUUGAAAGGUUUGGAUUCUCAAACUUCAUUGAAAGUAGAUCUUGUGGCUGCAUUCCUCUUGACAAAUAUCCAUUUGUAACCAUUUACAAUUCGGGUUCUCUUGAUAGCCUAGAAAGUUCUCUGUGUUAUUCGACUUUUGACUGGAGGAAGUUAUUUAUAUUAAGGAAUAAAAAGGAUGGGGCACAAAUAGGUUUGAACUGCGAAUGUAACAGCUGUACUUUUCAACCAAAACGUGAUUGCCCUCUGAAUGGGCUUGCGUCAUCCAGUGAUCUUGGUCAGACCAAUCACUUUACAGUUGAUAUGCAUGUCUUCAACACCAAUGUGCAUUUUCAUGAUUCUUCAAGUGUUUUUGGAACUAUUAUACUGCCAGUAUUCAGAUACUUUCUUACCAUUUCAGAUGAUCAUCUCGAUUUGGUUGCCUCUGCUGAAGACUUGAUGCUGGAGUCAUCUUUGUUCACCAACUAUUCUGGUGGGUUUCUUUGGAAACAUUCAUCAACAGAUGUCUCGCAGGUCUUGAACCUACGUGUAAGGAAGAAGGAUUUGGAGCCUUCUGGUUCUGAACUUGAAGUGAGCAUAGGUAUUCAACACACAUGCUGCAUUUUACCUCCGGAAUAUCUGGCCAUUAUAAUUGGCUACUUCUCUCUUUCUGACUGGACUUCGAAGUCUGGCCUGCAGUCGUUGCCACAAGCUACUGAGUUGACCAAGGCUCCUUCUGAGUUUGCCAUUGCUUAUAAAAUUGAGAUACUGGACUCCUCUAUAGUUCUUCCUGUGGAAGAUGAUGACCGCCGGCAACUGAAAGUUGACAUUCAGCAGUUAUAUAUUAGCUUUGUUCCAGAGUGUGCUUUGAACAAUGUGGUGCAGCACAUACCACAGGAAUGUGUUAUUCCGCUUAAUCAAGUAGCAGAGCGAGCUGACUGUUUAAACAUAUUUGGGCGGGACUUAUCGGUAUCAUUGCUGCUUUCUGAGAGUGGCAUAUCAACAUUCGAGAAGGACGCCAUGUGCAGAAGUAUCACUCUAGCUGCUAGCAUUAUUGCUGAUGCUUGGAUUAGCUUCCCUUGUGAUCGCAAUCCGCUAACGGAUUUGGCAUGUGUUAUGUCAAGGGUUGACGUUUGUGAAAUUGUUGUGGAUGAUUCAGAUGCCUUGGAUGGGUUUAAGGCAUUUCUUGAUGUGGUUGAUCAGCUUUCUUUAGUCGAUGAGGAAUCAAAACUUUUCGUGUCUGAUGUUCCUCAGUUUCUUCGUACGAAGAUGCGUCUAAAGCAAGAGUUGUCAGUUGCCCCCCUGGGAUCUUCCACAAGCUUUAUAAAAUUCAGAAUUUUUGUCAAUCUUUUGACGUCAAAACUGCAUCGGUUAAGGAAAGAUCCUGGAACACUGCUAUCCGAACCAGUGCUCCAAGCUGAUAUGAAAUUUGUUUGCUCUGGAGAAUUUAAAAAUAAUUUCCCUAUGAGCUUGGAUGUUCAAUUUUUCGAAAUCGGGAUUUAUUCAUUGCUGAGCUCAGUCAUGUUAGCUAGAUGCAUCAAUGCAUAUGGGGAUCCUUCUGCACUGAAAGUCAGAUUUACGGAACAGGCUGAAAAUGAAUACGAUCUCUGUUUUUCUCUUCCAUCUCUAGACAUCUGGUUACACUCUUUUGAUUGGAUUGAAGUUAUUGAACUUCUGAAAUCUUAUUCCCAGAUACUGGAAGACCCUUUUUUGUCAAAAGGUUCAAACUUGGAUAUGGAUGAAUCUAUUGGAGUGGUAAGGACUAUUUGUGACAAUACUGAUCGGGUUUUGAAUGUUCUGCAAACUGAGGUAUCAGAGAACUCUAGUGAGGUAAUGGCAUUUUCCGCAAGAUCAGAGACUAUUGGGGUCCAAAUCCAUUUUCCUCUUUGCACAAGCCAUACAGAAUUUCCAGGGUUCAUGGCAACUGAUGUUCAUGAGAUAUCUGAGGAAGAGCACACAAAUUUUUUUAAAGGGAAUUACUGUAAAUAUGUUUCUGUUACAGCGCGUAGUAGGAGCGGCGAACUCUCUAUUCUUGGGAGAGAUGUCAAACUGAGCUAUAAGAUUGAAAAGCUCAAUGGGAUUCUUGCAAUAUCUGGGGUUGACACUGUCAGGUCUUGCUCUCUAUUUGGGGCGGCACAACUACUUGUAGAAACUAGUAUUCAGAUGGAUCAGAACAAAAUCAUGAGCAUAGAUGUGGGGAUAUUGUCUGACAAUGUAGAGAUGCAUGCAUCUCAUCAAGUAUUAUCUUUCUGGCAUGGAAUUACGUUUGAUGCACCUGAGACACCAUCUUCACAAAAUUCGCAAGGAAACAUGAGUAUAAAAGUCCAGAUAAGAGAUGUGUCUCUUCUUAUAUCUGAUGGAAAGUGGGGAUGUAGCGGUAUGCUUCUUGAAGUUCUUAUGAGAAACUUUCUCCUGCAAGCUAAUCUGACCGAAAAGAAUAUGGAGAGUUUGGUUUCAUGUGAUCUUGAAGUGAAUUAUAAUAAUAUGCACAAGGUCUUGUGGGAGCCUUUUAUUGAGCCCUGGAAUUUUGAUAUCAAAUUAUCCCGAAAAUUUGAUGCAAAUUCUUUGCUGAACAAUGCUGGGCUCACUGAAGUAAUUGUUGCAUCAUCAAAUCAUCUCAAUUUGAACAUAACAGAAUCUCUUUUUGAGUGCAUUUUCAGGAUAAUUGAGAUGUCGAACACUUUGGAAUUGAUGGAAACAGAUGUCAUUCCUGAUGAUAAGGGAUUGUCAGUUUACUGCACCAAAAGUUCCAGGACAGAACGAUAUUCCCCAUAUGUACUUCAGAAUUUAACUUCUCUUCCUUUGGGGUACCAAGUUUUUCAAGGACAUGAUUCAGAUGUGCUAAAUAUGUCAGCUCCAGUGGCUCAGAACUUUGUGCAACCCGGUUCUUCUGUUCCCAUCUAUAUCGAUAAUAGUGACACACUACUUAUUCCUGAUAGACGUCGAAGUCAAUUUGGUUGUUUCAGCAGUGAAUCUGGUGAUGCCAUACAUCAUUAUAUGAAGGUCCAACUUGAUGGAACAUCUUUUGCUUCUCCUCCUCAUUCAAUGGAUCGAAUUGGCCUUUCCUAUUUUGAGGUUGAUUUUUCCAAAACAUCGAACUCCAGUGAUAAUGUUGAGAAAGCAAGUAAAUCUGGUUCUGGAAGCAGCUUUGUUGUUCCUGUUGUGUACGAGGUUUCAUUGCAGCAGCAGAGCAAGUUGAUACGAGUAUACUCUACUGUUAUAAUUUUCAACUCCACAUCCAUGCCAUUGGAACUUCGCUUUGAUAUUCCGUUUGGCAUCUCCCCAAAGAUCCUAGAUCCUAUUUUUCCUGGUCAAGAAUUUCCACUGCCUCUACACUUGGCCAAAUCUGGCCGGCUUCGGUGGCGUCCCCUCGGAGAUUCUUAUUUGUGGAGUGAAGCUCAUAGCAUCUCCAAAGUUCUUUCUCAAGAUAGCAGGAUAGGAUUUCGCCGAUCUUUUGCUUGUUAUCCUUGUCACCCUAGCCAUGAACCAUUUCGGUGUUGCAUAUCUGUUCAGAGCACUAGCUUGCCGGCAUCCUUUCAUCUUAAUGAUUUGCCAGAUGGAAAUUUUGGUCAGCAGUUGCACGAUCUUGACCAAUCAAGAGAGCGAUUCAUUCAUCAAGUAACUUUAAGCACUCCAUUUGUUGUGAGCAACUGUCUUCCAGAACCAAUAUCACUUUCUAUCGAAAGUGGUGGCAUCACUCAGACUGCAUCCCUUCCUGAGGGGGAGACGCCAUUCCAUCACAUUGAUCCUUCACAUGAUCUGGUCCUUGAGUUCAAACUAAAUGGCUAUAGAUCAUCAUCUUUGAAGUUUUCACGCUCAGAAACUUUUAGCUCAGCGGCUAAGUUCAGUGGAGGGAAGUUCUCUCAGAUUGAAACUAUUUCCUUUGAUUCUUACGUUGGUGGUGGUUCUGUUUAUGUAUCGUGUGAGAAAACAAUGGAUGCAACAUGUGGGGCUCGGGAAGUAUUCAUCUUUGUCCCAUUUCUAUUGUACAACUGCACUGGAACUCCUCUGAUUGUUUCAGACUGCACCAAUGAAACUAAAGCGAUGUACAGCGUAAUUCCCUCCUGCUACAACCUGAUUGAGCAGCAUUUUGUUCAAAGUCGAAAAGUUGGUCUUGGGAUUUUGACCUCUGAGAAAGAUUUGCUAGAUAAAGUUCUAAUGGAGGAUAUCCCUUCUAGUCCUUCCUCAUCGGAGUGCAGCAACACGGCUUCCAGUACUGAGAGAUUUUUGGAUAGGCAUGUGACUCAGUCAACUCGCCAAGUCCCUUUUGCAGCAUAUCCAAAAGACUCACCAAUUGUUCGCAAGAGGAGUCUUUCUUCAAAAAGUUUAAGAGAGGUGUGCUUCCAAGGUAAUGAGUCUGGCAAAGUAAAGGCAUGCAUUUAUUCACCUUGCCCUAUUUCCAGGGCCAGUGACACCAUGAUCCGAGUCAAAAGGGACCUGCCAGAGUGGGAUAAUUCAAGUAGCCCAUACCCCCUGUGGUCUGCUCCAUUUCCUCUUGUUCCACCCAGUGGUUCUACCAAUGUAAUUGUCCCACAACCAUCGCCUGGUGAAUCAGCUUUAUUAUCUGUUACGUGUUCUAUUCUUGGUGGUGCAUUAGCAGGGAGAACGCAAGCAAUUACUUUCCAACCUAGAUAUGUCAUCUGUAAUUCAUGCAGCCAUAACUUGUGUUACAAGCAGAAGGGAACCAAUUUAGUUUCUCAUCUGGCUGUUGGACAGCAUUGUCAGCUUCAAUGGACAGAUACUGCGAGGGAGUUACUAGUUUCAAUCCGUUUAAAUGAGCCUGGAUGGCAAUGGUCAGGCAGCUUCUUGCCAGAUCAUUUAGGGGAUACUCAACUGAAGAUUUGGAACUAUGUUAAUAAAGCUUUCAACAUGGUGCGGGUGGAAGUUCAGAAUGCCAAUAUGUCAAGCGGAGAUGAAAAGAUUGUAGGGAGUGUUCAUGGACAUGUCGGGACAAACUUUAUUCUAUUAUCAGAUGACGACAUGGGUUAUAUGCCUUACAGGAUUGAUAAUUUCUCGAAUGAGAGACUGAGGGUUUAUCAACAAAAAUGUGAAACUUUUGAUACCAUAGUUCAUCCUUACACAUCUUGCCCUUAUGCUUGGGAUGAACCCUGUUAUCCACAUCGUUUGACCAUUGAGGUGCCUGGAGAUCGUGUCAUAGGCUCUUAUGCAUUUGAGAUAACAAAACAACCUAUUGCAGUGCACUUGCGCUCCACCUCUGAGAAACCUGAAAGGACGCUGUUGCUAUCUAUCUGUGCUGAAGGAGCUACAAAGGUUUUCAGUGUUGUAGAUUCAGGUUAUCACACUAUGAAAGAUAUAAAGGAAACGUUUGACUCCAGAUUCCAUGUGAAGGGAAAGCAAAAGCUUCAAACUGAUAAUGUCAUCCGUUACACAGAAACGUUCUUGCUUGUCCUGCCAAGCAUUGGUAUAUCUUUGGUUAAUUCUUAUCCACAGGAAUUGGUUUAUGCUUGUGCAUCAAAUGUUGUGUUAGAGUUAAGUCAGAGUGUAGAUCAGCAGAAGCUUUCCUUUCAGAUCUCUUCACUACAGAUAGACAACCCACUUCACAAUUCUUCGUAUCCUGUCAUAUUGUCAUUCAAUCAUGACCACAAAGGCAUUCCUCCUGAUUGGGGAGUUAAGAAUAAAAAAGCAAUACUUUUAAGUGAAACUGUGCAGCAAGUUAGGGGUAAUUCCCGUGAUGCAGUAGUCUAUGUUGGCCUAGCAAAGUGGCGGAAAAAAGAUGUUUCACUAGUUUCUUUUGAGUACAUAAAUAUUAGGAUUGGUGAAUUUGGACUUGAGCUCGAGCUACAAACACUUUUAUCCUUACUAGAGUUUGUAAAAGCAGUGCUUCCCAAUUCUCAGGCUAGACUCCUGCCACUCUCAGAUCCAACGCUACGUCCUCUGAUUUAUGACACUGGUUCCAAGGAUAUAAGUUCAGAAGAUACUCCACAUGCAAGAAACAUUCCUGUAUUUAACAAAAGCCAGAGAAGCAUUGUAGCUCUGCCUAUAGUGGUUCCAAUAGGAGCUCCUUGGCAGCAUAUUCACUUGUUGGCUCGAAGACACAGGAAAAUUUAUGUUGAAUCAUUCGACUUGGCCCCUAUUCAGUUUACGUUAAGCUUCUGCAGUGCUCCCUGGAUGCUUAGGAAUGGCAUUCUUACUUCAGGAGAGUCCCUUAUCCAUAGAGGUCUAAUGGCUCUUGCCGAUGUCGAGGGUGCUCGAAUACAUCUCAAGCAAUUGACAAUUGCUCAUCAAAUCACUAGUUGGGAAUCAUUUCAGGAGAUCCUCGUUGGGCACUAUACCCGCCAAAUUCUUCAUGAGAUUUACAAGGUCUUCGGCUCUGCUGGUGUUAUUGGAAAUCCCAUGGGAUUUGCGAGGAAUGUUGCAUUUGGAAUUAAAGAUUUCCUGUCAGCUCCCAGCAGGAGUAUCUCAAAGAGCCCAGCAGGAAUUAUUCAAGGAAUGGCUCACGGAACCACAAGCCUCUUUAGUAGCACUGUUUAUGCUUUAAGUGAUGCUGCCACUCAAUUUAGUAAAGCUGCACACAAGGGUAUUGUUGCAUUUACAUUCAAUGACCAUGAUGUUGCAAGGAUGGAGAAGCAGCAAUUGGGCGAAGGAUCGCGUAGCAAAGGAGUUAUAGGUGAAGUGUUUGAGGGACUCACUGGUCUCCUUCAAUCACCAAUAAGAGGAGCUGAGAAACAUGGUCUUCCAGGCGUCAUCUCAGGAGUGGCCAUGGGGAUUACUGGACUUGUGGCCAGACCAACGGCUAGUAUCCUUGAGGUAACUGGAAAAACCGCACAGAGUAUCAGAAACCGAAGCAGGAUUCAUAACAUAAGAUCCCAAAGGCAUAGGCUUCGUCUUCCCAGGCCUCUGAGUAGAGAACAACCUCUCAGGCCUUACUCAUGGGAAGAAGCAGUCGGGACAGCAGUACUUAUGGAGGUUGGAGAUUCCCUGAAGUUCAAAGGCGAGAAGCUGGUGAAGUGUAAAGCCCUGAAGCAAGAAGGAGCUUUCGUUGUAAUCACAGGGAGACUGGUAUUGGUUUUAAGCAGCCCCAGCUUGGUAGAUUUCAGAAAACAGGGAUUUCUCGGAGUUCCAAUAGAUUUGGUAUGGAAUAUCGAAAGAGAAAUCGGUUUGGAGAGUGUAAUACAUACAGAUUGCAGCGGCGGAGUUGUCCGCAUCAUAGGAAGCAAUUCAGAUGGUGUAUGGAACUGGAGACAGGACCAGCAAAAGAAGAGCAGCCCAACCAAAAAACGAUGGAACAAUUCUUCAGCUCAACCGCUGCUUCAGACAAACUUAGAGCUUCCAUCGGAGGAAGAAGCAGAGGACUUGUUGAGUGUGUUGCUGUCGACUAUUGAAACUGGGAAAAGCCGGAGCUGGCACAGUCGAUUUGUUUUAAGUCGAAGUAACAUUAGUUGAACCCAGAUAGUUAUGUGUAUAGAAUACAGGAUUCAAAAUUCU